AUAUGUGACGGAGAGGGAGUACCCUGAAGGGCCUUAAGAAUAGAAUCAGAAUCCUCCAGCUUUUUUAUUUAAUCAAACUAUAUUUGAAUGUGGGAUUCUAAGAAGCUACUUUCUUGCCUGUUUUUCUAGAGUAUCAGGGACAUGAGAAAUGGCACGGCAAUCACAGAGUUCAUCCUCCUAGGCUUUCCUGGUAUCCAAGGACUACAAAUCCCUCUCUUUAUAGUCAUCUUUUUCAUCUACAUAUUAACUCUUGCAGGCAAUGGGCUUAUUAUUGCCAUUGUCUGGGCUGAGCCCAGCCUACAAAUUCCAAUGUACUUCUUUCUUUGCAACUUGUCCUUCCUAGAGAUCUGGUACACCACUACUGUCAUCCCCAAACUGCUGGAAACUUUUGUGGUGGCGAGAACAGCUAUCUGCACCCCCUGCUGCCUGCUGCAGGUCUUCUUUCACUUCUUCUUGGGCACCACUGAGUUCUUCAUCCUCACUGUCAUGUCUUUUGACCGUUACCUGGCCAUCUGCAAGCCCCUUCGCUACUCCACCAUCAUGACCAGCAAUCUCUGCCUGCAGCUGGCCCUCAGCUCCUGGAUGGUGGGCUUCAGCAUUGUCUUUUGUCAGAUGCUGCUGCUCAUCCAGCUGCCGUUCUGUGGCGACAAUAUCAUCAAUCAUUUCUACUGUGAUGUUGGUCCCAUUUUGAAAGCAGCCUGUGCAGACACAAGAAUUUUGGAGCUCUUGGGUCUCAUAGUAACCAUCCUGGUGAUCCCAGGGUCACUCAUGUUUACUAUGAUUUCUUAUAUCUAUAUCCUGUCCACCAUCCUACAGAUUCCUUCAGCCACUGGCCGGCAGAAGGCGUUGUCUACCUGCGCCUCUCACCUGACAGUUGUCUCCCUGCUCUAUGGAGCUGUUUUGUUCAUGUACCUGAGACCCACAGCGCACUCCUCCUUUAAGAUUAAUAAGGUGGUAUCAGUGCUAAAUACUAUCCUCACACCCCUUCUGAAUCCCUUUAUUUAUACAAUUAGAAACAAGGAGGUGAAGAGAGCCCUAAGGAAGGCAAUGGCUUGUCCAAACACUCGUCAUCCAGAGUAAAACACACAACACAUCAAAAUGCACUUAAUGCAGGUACAAAAAUUAAAUGUGAGAGAGGAUUGUGGAGGAGAUAAAGAUGUGAAAGUAAACUGUGAUGGUCGGGGUCCCCUAUAAGAAUUUGUUACAUAUAAAUGGAACAGGAGGC